AUGGAAAGAAUAGAGGACCAAGCUGUUUUGGAAAAAAUAGCCAACAUAACAGGAGCUGUAAUAAAAAAUGCAUCCUCUGUGAAGAAGGAUAAAAAGGGGAAAAGGAAAAAGAGAAAAAGCGCGCCAACGCAAGAGAAGAAGCAAAACAGCGGAGCGAAUAACAAAAAGGCAAAAAAAGUAACAGGCAUGUUUGAUGAUUAUAAAAUUCAGAAGAGAGAAAUAUGUAAAUUUUUUUUUAAAAAGGGAAAAUGUAUGCACAAUGAAAAAUGUACCUACUCACAUGACGUUACACCGAUAUAUAAAAUUUCAAAGCUGUGCAAAUUUCUAGUGAAAGGAACAUGUAAAAAAGAAAAUUGUAUUUUCUCCCAUGAUUAUAAACUCUUCUUCUGUCGCAAUAAUGUGAUUUACAAUUCAUGUUGCAACCCACAGUGCAAAUUCAAGCACAUCAAAAUCGACAGCUCAAUUAAUAACGCAGAUCAGUACAACAUAGAGGUGGAUAAUAUCCUAAGCAAAGAUGACAAAAUCAGGUUUCUGUAUAAUAAUAAAAAUUAUUUAAUGGAGUUGUUAAUUAAUAAGUACCAUAAAUUUGAUAAGUUCGAAGAGAAGAAUAUAAACAAUUUAACCAAAAAGGAAACCUACCCCUGGUUCAUCAAUGGCAUUAUUGAUCUGAUUAAAUUAGAUUAUAAAUUCAGUAAGGCAGACGCCUUUUUAAAAUUAGUAGAUAAUUAUAAAGAUAAGUUUCUUAAUACGAAAGGUUUAGUGCCUAGCAGUAUUGAAAAUUCCCAGCACCAAGACAAUAAAGGUCUUUACGGAGACUCCUCGAUUAGUGCUGAUUAUACAAAAAUGGCAGAAGAGUAUGUAGAUGGUAGCAAUGCAGAUGGGGAAAAGGGUACACACUUGAACAGUAACAACCCUUCCGCGACGAACGAUAACAACGUCGAUGGUAACAGUGGUGAGGGAAAUUUCAGUGACUAUAAAUUUUACUCAAGCGACGAGGAAGAGGAUUACACCAAGUACCUAAAUAAAUACUUCGAAAUAGAUGGGUAA